CACGCUUGCUGCAUUGAAUGCCUCUGAUGGGGAAACUAUCAAAGAUCAGAAAGAACAAAUACCACAGGAAUCAGUUAUGGCCCGUAUCAUGAUGCAGUGUAAGCAGUAUAGUCUAGAAAUCCUUGUCGCAGUAAUCACCUGUGGCGUCAUCUGGCUGGCCUGUUCACCGUAUAAGAAAGGAUUGGUGAGUUUUCCUACUGUUGUAUGUCACAGCAAUAUCUUAGAAGCUACACGGACACGUAGGCUGGCUUCUGUAAUACUUAAAAUCUCAAGUUACGAAUAAAAUCCGCAUUUCUAUCACACAAAAUAUCUACGCCAUUUCCGUGUGCCUGAUAUAUAUCUCUAUAAAGUGCCAUGAAUUUAACUAAUCAAUAAAUCUAACAUCUGAUGUGCAUUUAUCAUUAAAUGUCUUCUGCUAGUGUAACGACAUGUUCCCACCACAUAUGCUGGUCCUGGCCCAUCUGGUUUAUGUAAAUUACCAUCUCUCUAAGUUACCCUAGCUAGCUACAUUUGGUGACAGCGGUGGGAUGCCGCUACACUCUAGGUCUCAUCACAUAUAGGGGUCCUGGCCGUUGCAAUAGUAUUGAAUAUUAGUACUGCACAAUUAACUGUACAUUAUUUCAUGUUUAAGUCUAUCAACAGUUGAACUUGCCCCAUCAUUGAAGACACAGUUCAUGCCUUGAGAGUAUUACUGAUUGUGUUAUUUGUAUCAUGUGUCUCAUCUUAUACAGUCUCAGAGACGACAACAAAAUAGGGGGAGGGUUGGGCAAGUUCCACAAUACGACGAUAUGUCUGACAACGAGGAAUGGCCGGAUGAAAAUCACCAGGUUUGCAUCAUAGCUUCUCAGGACUGGACUCUUGAUGAAGUGGAAGGUUGUGUGAAGACAGCCGUGCGAGAGAGAGGGGUCGCCAACACUGACAUCCUCACGCUACGGAUCUCAGGGCAGGACGACUUAGAUGAGCUCAAGCGAACACUCCAGAGGGAAACGCGCGUCAUAUGCUGUGCUAACUCAACCACAAGGAACAUCCUACUGUCCGACACAGAGCAUGAUGAAAUGAGCUAUGUGGUCAAGGCAGCCGAGAAGAUUGUAGGGGGAAGUGGAGUGAUGGUUCUACUGUAUGGACACGAGAAGAGUCGGGACAUCCAGCAACUGUAUGACCACACGUCGUUCGACAGAACGUUCCUCAACAAACAGACGCGCCUUCUUCAAAAGGCACACCGUGAAAAUUUGUUCUUUAGCGUGUUCAAAAGUCUAAACGAGAUUCAAAAGCGCAGGCUUUGUGACUGGAUCCGUGCAUGAACACUGGUAGUCUGAUUGAUGAGGUUUUCGUGUAGAAAAAUACUGUACAGAACAUGUUUUGCACAUCAGUAAAAAAGGACGUCAAAUUGCAUAGCAUAAGUAAAAUGUACGCAAUAGGUAAUUGCCAUUUUAUGUGAACUGAUAAUUCAAUAAUAAUGAUAACUUAGCCUUGGGAAUAGGAUGGCAGGCUGUUUUAUAUCUCUGUACACAUGUUGUUAUUUUUCCAUUGCAGAUCUGAUGCAUUGGUAAAGUUUUAAGACUGAGUAGUCUAACAUUGUAAAACUAGAGAACCUUUUGAUUUUCGCCAAAAACGAACGUCACAAUAUCUUAUCAUCAGUGUUUUAAGAAGUCCGAUAUUGGUGAUAAUCAUCAUGUGGUAAUUAAUUGAACAUAAAUGAAAAGUGAUGGAAAAUAUUGAUAGCUAGCUAAAUCAAAACGUUAAUGUCCCCAACAUAUGUAUCGUUAGAGUGGUUAGAUGAAUUCAAAAUGUUGUUUUAAUUCAUUUGAUUAACAAUUCAUGUUUCAUAUUGCACAUUGUCCGUUGUGAUGAAUGAUGGCAUGUAGUGUUUGGCGAUGUUAUGAGUCGUCCCCUUGGUGUCUUGAAGAGACUCACCGUUUUGACUCCCUUUGCGUCUGAAGGGGGGAUUUAU